AUGAUAUCCGGUUUUGCCAGAGCGGGUGCUGUGCUACAAGAACAAAAAUAUACGAAAAUAGCCGAACAAGCACUCGGUUUUAUACGACAAAAUAUGUUUAAAAAUGAUCGAUUAUUGAGAGCAUGUUAUAUUGGAGAUAAUAACAAAGUUGAAUACACUUCAUCGUUAGUAAAUGGAUUUCUUGAAGAUUAUUCUUAUGUGAUUCAAUCAGCUAUUGAUUUAUAUGAAACGAAUUUCGAUUCAGAAAUAUUAGAAUUUGCGUAUAAAUUACAAAUGCAACAAAACGAUCAUUUUUGGGAUAAGGAAAAACUUCGUUAUUUGAGUACAGAUGGAAAGGAUGAAUCAAUUAUAUUGCGUUUGUCCGAAGAUCAUGAUGGAGCUGAACCAUCACCAAAUUCUAUUUCAACAUUAAAUCUUAUUCGUUUGAAUCAAUAUUUUAAUGAUCAAACAUUUUCAUCGUAUAUAACAAACAUUUUUAAAUCUUACGGUAAACGUUUAGAAAAAGCACCUAUGGUAAUGCCAGCUUUGAUUCGUGCCUAUGAUAUAUAUACGUACGGUUUGAAUGAAAUUAUUAUUUUAUCUCCAUCAGAUGAUCAACUUUCUACAAAUGAAUUUAUUCGUUUAAUUCAAACAAGUUACUUACCGAACACAAUUGUUCUAUACUUAAAUUCUGAUAAUAAUUCAUUAUUCAAAUACAAUCAAGUAUCAAAAGAUUUAUUCAAAAAUUAUGAUAAAAAGAAAAUAAACGUACAUAUAUGUAAGAAUUUUCAAUGUGAAUUACCAAUUACAACGGUAGAAGAAUUUGAAAAGAAAUUAAAACCAUAUAAACGUUGA